AGACUAGUUUGAUUGCACUCUGAGGCGUAGGGUUGAGUCCAGGAAGACGUUUUUUUAGUGGUUGUAAUUUAGAAUAUAUAUAUAGUUAUACCAGGUUAUCAGAUAUUUUUCUUAAAGAAGUAUAAGACGAGGUCAUGGCUGCAGAAGUGACACAGAUUGCUGAACAGCUGUCACUUGGGGAGCUGUAUGUCUCUGAUAAAGAAGGAGAUGAUUUAACUGGAGAUGGGACGGAAGGGAAACCUUUCAAAACUGCAUUGAAGGCAAUGUUGUUUUUUGGAAAGGAACCAUUUCCCAAUAUUUAUGUCGACUCACAAAAGGAAGAUGAGCGCUGGGCUCUUAUAUCUAAAACCCAGAUGAAGAGUGUGGUAAAGCUCUGGCGUCGGGAACAAAUGAAAAAUGAAGGCAAAGAUAAAAAAGAGGCGGAAGAUGCAAUUCGCAGAGAAAAGAACUUGGAAGAAGCUAAAAAGAUUGUGAUCAAGAAUGAUCCUAGUCUUCCAGAGCCUAAAACACUUAAGAUUCGAUGUUUAGAGGAAUUCAGGGACCAGCGUGUGAAAGUGUUUGGCUGGGUGCACAGGUUGCGCAGACAAGGGAAGAACCUGAUGUUCAUAGUUCUUCGAGACGGUACAGGCCACCUGCAGUGUGUCCUUACUGAUGAGUUGUGUCAGUGCUAUAAUGCAAUGGUCCUGUCCACUGAAAGCACUGUUGCACUUUAUGGAACACUGAAGCUUGUACCAGAAGGGAAGCAAGCUCCGGGAGGCCAUGAGCUCCACUGUGAUUUCUGGGAGCUGAUUGGCUUGGCUCCAGCUGGUGGUGCUGAUAACUUGCUCAAUGAAGAAUCAGAUGUGGACGUGCAACUGAACAACCGGCACAUGAUGAUCCGUGGAGAAACUGUGUCCAAGAUCCUCAAAGUGCGCUCCGCUGUUAUCCACUGCUUCAGAGAACACUUCUUUAGCCGGGGAUACAAUGAGAUCACACCUCCUACCCUGGUGCAGACUCAAGUCGAGGGAGGAUCCACUUUGUUUAACCUGAACUACUUUGGGGAAGAGGCAUACCUAACCCAGUCUUCCCAGCUCUACCUGGAAACAUGCAUUCCCGCUCUGGGAGAUACCUUCUGUAUCUCUCAGUCUUACCGCGCAGAACAGUCUAGAACACGCAGACAUCUGUCAGAAUACACUCACGUCGAGGCAGAGUGUCCAUUCAUAUCAUUUGAGGACCUGCUGAACCGCCUGGAAGACCUGGUUUGUGAUGUUGUGGACAGGGUUCUGAAGUCUCCAGCUGCUGCCAUGCUUUAUGAUGUUAACCCAGAUUUCAAGCCCCCUAAACGUCCUUUCAAGAGAAUGAAUUACCCAGAGGCCAUCACCUGGCUGAAGGAGCACGAUGUGAAAAAAGAGGAUGGGACCUACUAUGAAUUUGGAGAAGACAUUCCUGAAGCUCCUGAGAGACUCAUGACUGACACCAUCAAUGAGACCAUCCUGCUUUGUCGCUUCCCAGCUGAGAUCAAGUCUUUCUAUAUGCAGCGCUGCCCUGAAGACAGACGCCUUACUGAAUCAGUUGAUGUACUGAUGCCUAAUGUUGGUGAGAUUGUUGGAGGGUCAAUGCGUAUCUGGGAUAGUAAAGAACUGCUGGAAGGCUACAAGAGGGAAAACAUCGACCCCACUCCCUACUACUGGUACACAGAUCAGCGCAAAUACGGCACCUGUCCUCAUGGUGGGUAUGGUCUGGGGCUGGAGCGAUUCCUGACCUGGCUGCUGAACAGACACCACAUCCGGGACGUGUGCUUGUACCCACGCUUCAUCCAGCGCUGCAGACCUUGAGAGUGGAAAACAACAGUCCUCUCUAAACAUAGCAUAGAAAUAAUUAUCCUUUAGAAAUAAGAUUCUUAAAUAAGGAAACGCUUCAAACUGGCUACAUGCUGUGGGGUUUUUUUUUUUUCUCCUUGAUUUCACAUUAUGAGAAGUGUUGCUUGUCUGUAAAAACAGCUGUAAGCUUUGCAUUAAAGGUUUAUUAAACAUUAGACAAUGCUUGCAUACAGCUAGUUUUAACUAUCAUGAGUUCAGCACAUGCCCUGGAAUGUAUCACAGGUCAUAUAAUUGGGUCUUGUGUGAAGGAGGGGGUGGAUGGCUGGCUGAAUUAAGUGACACUCAGCUCGUAAAGAAGGGAGAAAGAAGCUAUUAUUUGCAUUCCUGGCAGAUGUUGGGUGUAAUUGUUAGCAGACGUGUCUCUUGUUAUGUACACUGAAUGCUUUUAAAACGUGAUUGCAAUUAAUCUUUAUAUACUGUGUAACUGACUUAGUGCUCAGAUGAACAUCUACUGACACCAUUAAAGAAACACUCCUCUGCAGCUCCGAUCAAACCGUUCGGAGAGAGGGCUCACAUACAACUUAUACUGAUGCCAUUAAGAGAGAUGCUCCUUUGAAACUCAGAGCAACAACUGACUGAGGAGACACCCUUUUUUUUGUAUUCAAGCUUUGUUCUUUGCUUUUUCCACAAUAAAAUGCUUUAAUUGCCA